UUCACCGACGUGUUUUCACUGUCAAUCUUUCGACUUUAAUUACCUUGAAUAUCUUUCGUGUCUCAAUUUUGCAUCCCUGGCGUUGUGACAAAAUUGACAAUGACAGAUUGGUUUCAUAGAAAUCACCUGAAGGCCACUGCAAAGCUCACGUUCGACUUUGGAGCAGUUACUAAAGAUUUGAGCAGCAGGUCUCUGUGCAGUGAAGCUGCAAAACGUCGUGUUGAACUUCUCAAGUUAAUCUCAGAUCCCUCUGCACCAUGUGAAUCAAUUCUGACCGCGUUAAAUCGUUACCUACAGUUAUUAAUGGGCUUUGUUUUGCCCGUUGAUAACAAAACACCCUACAGCAAAUUAAGAGGUCUUGUCUGUGUAAAAUGGUCGGAUAGUAUUAAACCAAAGGGUGAACCAAUUGUCCGUUAUGAUUCAAUAUUUGAGCUUUACUCAAUUAUUUUUAAUGUUGCCUUAUGGUAUACUAAACAUGCAGCAAAAGUUGCUUCUAGUGAAAGUGUUUCAGAGGACGAAGCUAAAGAUGUUCACUUAUCACUACGUACAGCUGCUGGACUAUUUAGUCUUCUAAGAGAGAAAUAUAUGCAUGAGUUUACAGAGUUUAUAAAGAAUAGUGAUUUGGAUCCGAAUAUUUUAGAUGCUUAUAUAAGUCAGUCGUUGGCAGAAGCACAGGAAAUUACUGUAGCUAGGGCGAUUGAAUUAAAGCACAAACCUCAUUUAAUCUCCGCUCUGGCCAACGAAACUGCAAAGUUUUAUGAAAAGUGUGGUUUAGCCUUGAGUCAGUGUGAUCCAAAAAUUGUUGGAAAGUGGAAAAAGUAUUCAGAAUUCAAACAAUGCUGUUAUGAAUCUUACGCCUACGUUUAUUAUGGUGAAGAUUUGUUAGAGAAAGAAAAAGCUGGACAAGCUGUAGCUGUACUCAAAGAGGCAUCUGUUCCAUAUGAAAAGGCACUUCGUGCUGCCCGUGAAUAUGUAAAAGUAGAAGGUGUAAGUCUGUCAACUAAACCACCUGAUCACUGCUUUUUUCGUCGUCUCCCUGGGCUAAUUGAACGGACACGUAAUAAAUGUGAUCGUGAAAAUGGUCUGAUAUUUCAUCAAAAAGUUCCCACAGUUGCUCCAUAUUUAGAAAUCAAAGCUGAAUAUGGUAUUGCAACACCGAAAGAACCAGAAUUGGAUUUCAGUUUAGAUUCACGAUGGAAAGAUGUUUAUAUUGGAUUCGAUAUGAACAAACUUGCCGAUAAUAUAGUAUCAGGAUCUGUGUUAGAUAUAACCGAGUGACAAAAAUUCCAAAGAUAAUAAACAAGCCAAUCCUAAAGAUGCACCCGUUGAACCUGUUCGUGAAAUGCCUAUCUUCAGUACUGAUAAAGAUCCAAAAAAUGAUAGCGGUUGUGUUAUCGCUUAAGCGUAUAACACACUCGCACCCACUCACAAACAAGCACACCCACAAAUAAACACACUGACAUUAAAUUAAUAAAGAUCUACUCUGACUUGUGUACUUUUGAAUAUAUGUGAUAAAUAAGAUGUGUAUGGCUUACUGGCUGAAUGAAUUACUGAAUGACACCCUACUCUUUUACUUCUAUCCUUUCAGAUUAUUAUCACUUUCAGUCGAAUAAGUUUUGUUUUUAUUCAACCAGAACAACAGCUAGAACAACAACAAAAGAAUUUUCUUUCUUAUUUGCUAAUUUUUUGUGUGUAAUUUUCAUCUUUAUAAAAAGUUGAAGACAAU